AUGGGUGAGAAAACGAAAAUUAUCACAACGAUCGGACUCUUGAAGUCGCUGGGGGAAAAAUUCAAACGGCUUCGAAAAACGGGUGACGGUACGCGAAAACAAAGACGAAGCGAUCGCGUACACUGGGAAGAAUUGGUGUCUGCUUUCGAGGGAAGAAUACGAACAGGAUCCAUCACCAAUUUGAAGCAUAAAGACGUGGAGAGGUUUCUAGAAGACGCAAAGUUACUUUCUGUGACAAGACUGAAAAACGCUUUGCGGAAAACGGGGAGCCUGAAAACAACGGAUAUUAACGAAUGGUUCAUCGAAAAUGUAACAAACCGUUUGUUAACAAAGGUGGAAGAUUUCCAGGAAAAGGAUUCAGGCUGGUCGUUACUUGAAAUUAUCAAUCUUGCCGUCAACAUUAACAAGUAUACGCCACUUCGAGGCGGUCUCUAUACCUACACCCCGUUACCGAAGCACAUCAGAGAUACGAAGGCUGUGGUGAACAUCCGAAACAACGACUCGUAUUGCUUUCUUUGGUCGGUCACCGCAGCUCUGUUCCCAGCUAACGACAGAAAUCCCAACAUGACCAGCUCGUAUCCACAUUUCAGCUCAGUGCUACGGUAUGACAGUAUAAACUUUCCUAUGUCUCUAGAUAAAAAUACUAUUUCGAAAUUUGAAAAACUCAACGGACUUUCCAUCAAUGUUUAUGUGGAAACCGAAAUUACAGACGACGAUGAUGAUGAUGGUGAUGAUGUUGAUUUAGAAUAUUGUGAAAAACAUAGAAUCUAUCUUUUUGCUUGGAUUCGGAAUUUGUCGUGUUUAACAAAGCACAGAAUCGAUUGCUUCAAGUUAAACGAGACCAAAGUUGUUUUACCCGAGGAAGAGGAAAAGAUUCUGAAAUUCAAAAAUUUCAAGCACAAAGAAACCGUUCCGUUCUGUAUUUACGCGGAUCGAGAAUGCUUGUUGCAAGCUACUAACAUUCAAGUGUCAGAAAAUAGAACAAUUUACCAAAAUCCUAUUCCUUACAGUAUAGGAUAUUACCUGCAUUGCAACUUUAACGAUUCCAUUUCAAUGUUCAAAAUUAACCGCGGGGAGACUUGCAUUGAAUGGUUUAAGAACGAGUUGGAGCAAUUGGCACACUCGUUAGAAACGCAUUUUAAAACUAUUGUACCUAUGGAGUCGCUGAACUUCAAUCAAAUUACCGAAUUCAAUUUAUCAAAGGAAAGUACCGUGGUCCUGCGCAUCAAAGCUGGUACUAUUCAGCUUUUACCCGUGAACAAAGAAAAGUACAUUACAUUCACAAAACAUGUCAAGGGGACAGAUAUAAAGUUUAGAUUUCUCAGAUUCGUUCCGAAGGGUGUUUUUCCGUACGAUUACAUGGAUGGUUGGGAGAAGCUCGAGGACGUAAAGUUACCACCUAAAGGAAGAUUUUAUUCAAAAUUGAACAUCCAAGAUAUUUCGGAUAACGAUUACGCACACGCGUGUAAAGUUUGGCAAGCUUUUAACUUUAAAACGUUGGGGGAAUAUUCAGACUUAUAUUUGCAAACUGAUGUUUUUCUGUUGGCUGACGUUUUUGAAAACUUCCGACAAAAUUGUUAUGCAACGUACAACCUGGACCCGUUACAUUAUUUUACAGCGCCCGGUCUCUCGUUUGACGCAAUGUUGAAAUGUACCGGUAUCGAACUCGAGCUUCUCACUGAUAUUGAUAUGCUUAUGUUUAUAGAAAAAGGUAUUCGAGGUGGUGUGUCUCAAUGCUCUAAUCGAUAUGCAAAGGCUAACAAUAGAUACAUGAGAGAUGCUUUCAAUCCAACGCUCGAAGAGUCUCAUCUCAUGUACUUCGACGUUAACAACUUGUACGGUGCGGCUAUGAGCUUUGCUCUGCCAUGCAGUUCUUUCGAAUGGAUAAUAGAUUUCAGACAAUUUGAUGUUUUUGCCAUCACAGACAAAGCGGAGUUUGGCUACAUAUUAGAGGUAGAUUUGGAAUAUUCCGAGGAACUGCAUGGAAUGCAUAAAGAUUAA